UGUAGGACCGGAAGUGUGUUAAUUUACGCGCUUCCGUUGAAGCUUCACGUUAGUGUGAAGCUCAGCACUUUAGUCUGCUCAUUCAUUUACCCGAAAACGUGUGUUAGGAUGUUUGGGGUGAGAAUAGCGUCUAGACUGACGGGCUGUCUGCGGCACACAGGGCAGUUAGCCGGCACUUACACAGCGUCAGCUAGCCAUUCUUUCAGCCUGGGUAAAAGCCGGGCAUAUAAUAGCACAAAAACUGGAACGGGAUCUCGUCCUCAGCUUUGGGUGACUCUUGAGCCUGACCUUGACGAUGCUCUUGUGCCGAGAAAAAUGGCAGUGUCGCCGCUGGAGAGCUGGCUUUCCCUGCAUUAUACCCUUCCCCGGCUAGACAGCCCCAGCGCUGGCCCUAUUACGGUACAACUGCCAGAAAGGAACAAUGGGGUUCCAAAUCUCAACCCUCUUGUCCAGGAGAACACAGUGAACUGGCAGAUCUCAGAUAGUGGCUCCCGGUGGUCUUCUGAAGCAGAGGAGAUUUUGGAGGAAGAAUUGAACAGGCCGGUGCCCCUAGUCUGCAAGAACGUGCUAGAGAUCCGACGGCGAAAGAUGAAUCGGCACAAAUAUAAAAAAUUACUGAAGAGAACCAAGUUUCUACGACGCAAAGUAAAUGAAGGGCGCAGGAAAAGAAAGCAGCAUCGUUUUGAGAAAGAGCUGAAACGUGUAUGGAAGAAAGCGGGGCUCAAGAAUGCUCCUGAAGGAUGGCACACUCCCAAGAUUUAUGUCAGACAGGGCAAGUCUGACUGAAAACACUGUUACUUUUGUGUGUGUGUGUGUAUGUGUGUAUCAAAUAAAUAAUGUUGUGUA